CCCUCCUGGCUGCUGGCUCCGGGUGGUUCCUGCUCCAGUCCCCUCCGCCCUCCACCUCCUCACCCAAGCCACGGGAGUCGCGGGUCCGCGCCCCUCACGUCCCCCAGGACACCCUCUUCCCCAGUGCGCCCGAGACUUGGAGAAACUUUGCAGGCACAGCGGUGACAUGGAUUUAAUCCGAGGCAUCUUGCUCCGGCUCUUUCUCCUGGCUCCCAGCCUCCGUCCUGGCGCUGCGCCGUUCCCAGCUGCUCUCCGUUCCCAGCCGCCAGGGGUAGGCAAAUUGGGGCCUCCGCUUGACAUCAAGCUGGGUGCGUUGAACUGCACAGCUUUCAGCCUCAAAUGGAGAACGCCACGGUCUCCUGGGAGCCCGAUCCUUGGGUACACGGUCUUUUACUCUGAGGUUGGAGCAGAUAAGUCCCUGUGGGAGCGAUCACGUACUGUGCCACUCAGCUGGGACACCCCAGUCACUGGACCAGCUGGCCAUCAGAUAAUUUUUGAGGAAGUGAUUGGAGAUUUGAAGCCAGGUGCUGAGUAUCGAGUGAGCGUAGCAGCGUACAGCCACACUGCCAAAGGGAGGCUCAGCCCUGCUCGCCACAUUACCAUUUUGUCCCAAGAUCCCUGCCUGCCUCCAGCAGCGCCUCAGAAGCCUCGUGUCCUUGUGGUUUCUGACUCCGGGGUGGCCCUCUCUUGGAAACCUGGAGAGACUGAAGGAAGUUCCCCUAUUCGCUACUAUUCUGUGGAAUUCACCAGGCCAGAUUUUGACAAGAAUUGGACCUUAAUCCAAGAACAUUUCCAGAUGAACACCACGGUCAUCAAGGGCCUUGCUCCAGACAUGAGCUACCAGUUUGCUGUGAGGGCCGUGAAUGCCCACGGCUCCAGUCCACGCAGCCAGCCCAGCGACGCUGUCCGAACGCUAAGGUCCAGGGAAGCAAGACAUGACCAAUAUGGACAUUACAUCACCAACAUGGGAAUCACUGUGAAUGACAAAGGACUCAAAGACAACCUCAAUCUGAACGCUUCCUUUGAGGAGGGUCACCCCCUUCCUGCUACCAAAGAAGGGCACAAAACAUUCUUAGUGGAAAACAGGACGGCAUCUUUGUCUAACCUCAAGGCUGCCUCCAGGCCUGGGCCCCCUACCAAGGCACCGCUGUCUAGGACCACAGCUGCUCUCCACCCAACUCCAGCGCAGCGGAAGGGGCCGAGUGGCUUAGCCAUGAUGUCGAGGCUCUUUGCCAUGACUUGUAAUGAGACGCUGUGCUCUGCUGACAGCUUUUGUGUCAAUGACUACACUCUGGGGGGCUCACGAUGCCACUGUAACCUGGGCAAAGGUGGUGAGAGCUGCUCAGAAGACAUUGCUAUACAAUAUCCUCAGUUCUUUGGCCACUCCUACAUCACUUUUGAGCCUCUGAAGAACUCUUAUCAGUCAUUUCAAAUUACUCUGGAAUUUAGGGCAGAGGCAGAGGACGGCUUGCUGCUCUACUGUGGGGAGAACGAGCAUGGCCGGGGUGACUUCAUGUCCUUGGCUGUCAUACGGCGCUCACUGCAGUUCAGGUUUAAUUGUGGAACUGGGGUUGCCAUCAUCCUCAGCGGGACGAAAAUCAAGCUGGGGGCAUGGCACACAGUCAUGCUCUAUAGAGACGGGGUGACUGGGCUGCUGCAGCUCAACGACGACACCCCAGUGACGGGCCAGUCCCAGGGCCAGUACAGCAAAAUCACCUUCCGGACUCCUCUCUAUCUUGGUGGUGCUCCCAGCACUUACUGGCUGGUCAGAGCCACAGGGACUAACAGAAACUUCCAUGGCUGUGUGCAGUCACUUGCUGUUAAUGGGAAGAGGAUUGACAUGAGGCCCUGGCCACUAGGCAAAGCUCUCAGUGGGGCUGAUGUGGGGGAGUGCAGCAGCGGGAUCUGUGAUGAGGCCUCGUGCGUCAAUGGAGGGACCUGCACCGCAGUCAAAGCUGACUCCUACAUCUGCCUCUGUCCACUUGGGUUCAGAGGUCGACACUGUGAAGACGCUUUCGCCUUGACCAUUCCUCAGUUCAGAGAGUCCCUGAGGUCCUAUGCCGCCGUGCCCUGGCCCCUGGAGCCACGGCACUACCUGUCCUUCACUGAGUUUGAGAUCACAUUUCGGCCAGACUCAGGGGACGGUGUCCUCCUAUACAGCUAUGACACCAGCAGCAAAGACUUCCUGUCUGUCAACAUGGCAGGGGGCCAUGUGGAGUUCCGCUUUGACUGCGGCUCUGGAACUGGAAUCCUGAGGAGUGAAGAUCCUCUCACCCUUGGCCAAUGGCAUGAGCUGCAUGUUUCUCGCACAGCAAAGAAUGGUAUCUUGCAGGUGGAUAAGCAGAAGGUAGUAGAGGGAAUGGCAGAGGGCGGCUUCACCCAGAUCAAGUGCACCACAGAUAUUUUCAUUGGUGGAGUCCCCAGCUACGAUGAGGUGAAGAAGAACUCAGGCGUCCUUAGGCCGUUUAGCGGAAGCAUCCAGAAGAUCAUUCUGAAUGACCGAACCAUCGAUGUGAAGCAUGAUUUUACAUCUGGUGUGAACGUGGAGAAUGCUGCCCACCCAUGUGUGGGGACCCCCUGUGCCCAUGGGGGCAGCUGCCGGCCGAGGAAGGAGGGCUAUGAGUGCGACUGCCCCUUGGGCUUUGAGGGCCUGCACUGCCAGAAAGCCAUUACAGAAGCCAUCGAGAUCCCACAGUUUAUCGGCCGCAGUUACCUGACAUAUGACAAUCCAGAUAUCCUCAAGAGAGUGUCAGGAUCAAGAUCAAAUGCAUUCAUGAGGUUUAAAACAACUGCCAAGGACGGCCUGCUGAUGUGGAGAGGAGACAGCCCCAUGAGACCCAACAGUGACUUCAUUUCUCUGGGCCUUCGGGAUGGAGCCCUGGUGUUCAGCUACAAUCUAGGCAGUGGUGUGGCGUCCAUCGUGGUGAACGGCUCCUUCCAUGACGGCCGGUGGCACCGGGUCAAGGCAGUUAGAGAUGGCCAAUCCGGCAAGAUUACUGUGGAUGACUAUGGAGCCAGAACUGGCAAGUCACCGGGCAUGAUGCGGCAACUCAACAUCAAUGGGGCUCUGUACGUGGGUGGGAUGAAGGAAAUCGCUCUGCACACUAACAGGCAGUACAUAGCAGGCCUCGUGGGCUGCAUCUCCCACUUCACCCUGUCCACCGAUUACCAUAUUUCCCUCGUGGAAGAUGCUGUGGAUGGAAAAAACAUCAACACUUGCGGAGCCAAGUAACACCAGCCGGCCUUGCCCAAGGGACACAGCCUCUACACUGAGCAUCCCAGGGGCCUCAAGACCCUGCUUGAUGCCACACACAGAGGCCUGGGGACCAGGUGUGCUUCCUCUCAUCAAGGAGAAAGUAUGCCCUGAUGGAAACUGAGCACCUAGACAAGAGUCCCUGGGUGGCCUUUCCUGCCGGCACUGUGGACUGAACACAAUGGGGGUACUCUGUGCAGGAAGCAUUGGACUUUCGGACUUUGCCCAUUGGAUGUGUGGAGUCCUUAGAGGUUCAACGUCGUCAGUGCAAAUUUCAGAG